AUGGCGCUGUAUUUGAUGCAGAUCACGUGGGCUCUUGGGGCAGCCAGGGUUGGGGCAACACAAGGGCCCCUCUUCAUCCUGUCCCAGGCAGCAGGCAGCUGGAUCCGAAGUCGUCUGGAAGAUCGAGACUCAGUGCCUGGGGCGGACCUCCCCUGGAGCGCGUGGGCGCACAGGGCGCACAGGCCUCUAGGUCCCAGGGUCCGGCUCAGGCUCAGGCUUGGCGUCAGCAAAGGGACCUGCGCGGCGUCCUGGGGCAGAGGAGGCCCGAAGGCCAGUGGCCAGUGCGCGCUAUCUCCCUGGGGAGGAGAACGGGAAUGUCCCUGGGAGUCCCGCCGCGCUCCACCGCGGGUCCCCUCCAACCCAACCCGAAAGCGAGGUCCUCAUUCCGGGCUUCAGCAGAGUCCCAGGCCCCGCCCCUGCCUGAAGUCACGCCCCCUGCACCUGUCCUCCUCAGGCCCUGCCUCCAGCCCAGGAAGCCUUCCUCCAGCCACAGAGACCCUCCCCGUCUCACCAGGAGUGCAACGGCACGAUUCAGCUCGCUGCAACCACUGCCCCGACCCCCGGGGCUCAAGCGAUUCUCCUGCCUCAGCCUCCCAAGUAGAUGGAAUUACAGUGGCCAAGAUCGCGGGUCUCUACAAUGACUCGGAGCCACCCCGGAAGACCAUGCGCAGAGGGGUGCUGAUGACCCUGCUGCAGCAGUCGGCCAUGACCCUGCCCCUGUGGAUCGGGAAGCCUGGUGACAAGCCCCCACCCCUCUGUGGAGCCAACCUCGCCUCAGGGGACUAUGUGACCAGACCUGGAGACAAGGUGGCUGCCCGGGUGAAGGCCGUGGAUGGGGACGAGCAGUGGAUCCUGGCCGAGGUGGUCAGUUACAGCCACACCACCAAGUAUGAGGUAGAUGACAUCGAUGAAGAAGGCAAAGAGAGACACAGCAUGAGCUGGCGCCGAAUCAUCCUGCUGCUCCAGUGGAAGGUCAACCCCGAGACACCCUGAGGCCUUGUUGCAGAAGGAGCAGCUCGUGCUGACCCUGUAUCCGCAGACCACCUGCUUCUACCGUGCCCUGAUCCAUGCGCCCUCACAGUGGGUAAAGCAGCCUCCAUGGGAGAGGCCAUGGAUGAUGUCAGGAACAGGCUGAUCAGACAGGCGGGCGGUCCUUGUUUGGGCCAGGGCAGGGCAUGAAGCCCAGGUGAGGCAGGAUAGGUAGUCAAGGAGACAGCCACUUUCUCAGGAUGCUGUGGCCUUGGUGACCGCACGGCCAACACAGUAAGCCUCAGCAUUUGCCUGGUCACUGAGCUCAAGCAAAGCUAUCUUCAGUAGGGACUUUCCCUUUUGAGAACAUGUGCAUUUUGAUUUUACCUGUCCUCAAACUGACCCUUUACUCAUUUUAAUAGUAAAAACCACACCCCUGGGUGGAGAUUUAAAAUGCUAAUGAGAUAUGCGUCCUAGGAACAGGCAUAUAUAGCAAAUGCGCAUGUGCACCCAGGGGACCACCCAGAACAUGCUUACUAGUGAUGCCUCUUCCCACCCAUUAUGAAGAGUUGUGUGAGACUCCCAUAAAGGGAGUUUUUCCUGCAGUAAUCAACACUGUCCCACCCUGAGGAGCAGCCCAUUCUGAGCUCACUCAAGGUGUAUUGUCUAUGCUGCACUUAACUUUCAAAAUACAGUUUUUCUUUUGCAAUAAGUUACUCCAUGCUGCACUUCUUUGGCUGUGUGUUUCCUGUUUAAAUUAUUUUAUUUUGCUUAUUUAUUUAUUUUUUUUUUGAGACAGAGUCUUGCUCUGUCACCCAGGCUGGUGGGCAGUGGCGCGAUCUCGGCUCACUACGAUUCUCCUGCCUCGGCCUCCCGAGUAACUGGGAUUACAAGUGCGCGCCAACACUCUCGGCUAAUUUUGUAUUUUUAGUAGAGAUGGGGUUUCGCCAUGUUGGCCAGGCUGGUCUCCAAAUCCUGACCUCAGAUGAUCCACCAGGCUGAAGUGCUGGGAUUAGAGGCAUAAGCCACCGAGCCCAGCCCAAAUCAUAAUUUAUUUUAUUUUAUUCAUUAUUAUUAUUUUUUCGAGAUGGAGUUUCACUCUUAUGCCCAGGCUGGAGUGAAGUGGGGCGAUCUUGGCUCACUGCAACCUCUGCCCCCUCCCCCACCAGUUUCAGCGAUUCUCCUGCCUCAGCCUCCAGAGUAGCUGGGAUUACAGGUGCCCACCCCCCCACCACACCCCUCUAAUUUAUGAUUUUUUUUUUUUUUCCAGUAGAGUCGGGGUUUCACCAUGUUGGCCAGGC